UGGACCGCACUGCAUGGUAGACCGCAAUGUAAUCGGUGCGAUUAAACCUAACCGCAUAGAUUAGCGGUUUGGUGCGGUUUAGACCGCAACCGCAAGUUGGACCGCAAAGUGCUCCCACCAAUUACGAAGUUGGAAAAAGAAUAAAAAAGAGCAAUGGAGUUGGAAAGAACAAAGAAGAGGCAUGACACUGAGAACCAGUAGUGAAAGCCUUGUAUCAGCAGCAAUAAAAACAUGCCACGGUAAAUUAAACUUUCAAUUAGUAUAUCACAAUCCAAAUACAGAGCAUGGAACUUUUAACGAGGACACUCAAAUAUAAUCAAUCCGCGGUGACGUUGGACGGAGAAGUAGAGCAGGCAAUUGCAAAUCACGACAAUGAGCGGCGCGCCGCUCCUGAAUCCACCGGCGGCGGGGCAGCAACCAAUGGCACAACAAGGAAUUGGCGGCGGCGUCACUCCUCGUCAGCUUGGCCGUGCGGCGACUAAUCCUUCCGUCACUCCACCACGCGUAGGGCCACCUUCCCCGCCGUCUGAUUUUACCGGCGAAAGCACUGACGGUGGCAACGACUCGCCGGCCGAUAGCAGAGAUAUAAAUGGAAAAGAACGACAACGCUAUGUGGUGAGAACUGAGGGGCGUUGCUGAGUAUUGGUGGGUGAUCUUAGGAAUUUAGCGGUUUGCGGUUUUGAACCGCAACCGCGCGGUUUCGGUCAACUCGCACCGCAAAACCGCGAACCGCUUAAGAAUUAGACUGCAAAUGAAACCGCAAUCUUAAUGAUGCGGUUUGGACUAACCGCAUAAGCGAUUUGGAGCGGAUGGAGCGGUUUGAACCGCAGCAAUGUCCACCCCUAUGUUCAAUACUUGCAUAUGUAACAAUGCCAUUUGAAGUCGUACUUGGUUUCAACGCAAAACUCGUCAGCAUUGAGCCUUAGUCUCGAAUCGACCCCUUAAACCUUUGCUCCUGGUUCAGUUGUCGUUACCCUAUGUUGGGUUGGAAGUUUGGUACCGAUAUUUGGAAUAUACCGAAUAUCGUACAUAAUUUAUCACUAUUGGGUAUUACCGAAUACUGACUUAUUUUUUAGGGAUUGGGGUUGAGAUUCAUUUUGGAGUGCUAUUCGGUAUUCAGGAUUACGGGAUUGGGAUCGGCAUAUACCGAAAUACCGAGAAAUACCGAAAAUUAAAAAUUAAUGAAAUAUAACGCACAACUUUUAGUCAUUUCUCUCUCUUUCACAACUCAGAAGCCCACAUCCAACUCAAUUUUCACUUUCCAGUUUAAGUCACUCUCGUUUCUCAUCUAAUCUCUUGUUAUUUUCAUAACACCAAAAAGCAAACACUAGUAUUAGUCGUCUCUCAACCUCAAAUUCGUCAAAAUAAAGAUUACCAAUGACAAGAAUUUGAGAUGUCACCUCUCCUCUAUUCUCCUUAUCCAUAUCCUAGCUCUAGGCAAACUCAACACUCUUUUCUUAGUCUAUUUGCCCUAAAUUAAACAAUCAAAUCUAAUUUAUAUAUUUAACUAUUACUUACAGAGGUAAUAAAUUUCGUAUUCGAUAAUACCGAUUGGGAUACCGAAGUACCGAUUGAGAUACCGAAAUAUUUAUGGAUUGAAAUUGGGAUACCGAAAUUAUUUAGGAAUUGAGAUUGGGAUUGACUGUAGGAGUAAUUCAAAAUUCAGGAUUUAGGUAUUUAGUAUUGGGAUACUGAUAGUCUGGGAUUUACGGUAACAUUUCCACCCCUACCUUAUGCAUGAGCUCAUAUCUUCCUCUCCGGCUUUAACAGCUGGUAGUCUGGUACUCCUACUACGCAUCAGCUUGGAUAGACUACUGAAGGGAACCCUAUUAUUGGUUUUGAAUAUAAAGUAUAAACACUAAUGGUGAAA